AUCUUCCAGUUCACGUCAGAAUCUUCUAUCGUUGCUUGAAGAAAGGUUGGUGUUGAUGCUGAUUUCAUCCGGAGAAUAUCAGAGAGUAAAUAAACUUAAUAGAACCAGUUUUAAUAAAGAAAGAGGACAAAAUGUAAUAAAGUGAGAGUUUUGGAGACUCAGAACUACUAACCCCAGGAAUCUUCUGCGAGCAUAAAGUGUUUUCCUUCUUUGUUCACCAUGGUGGGAUUUCUGCAAACAACUCAACACUUCAAAAUGGAGGGAUUCAAUGGUUUAACUCUAAAAUCUCUUCAAGAUGAUGAGCAUGCGCUCCAAACAGCAGCGUCAGGCGCAGACGACUGGAUCUCGCUAUGAUCGCAUGGCUGCACCGGGACACGUCAGCAUGAAUUCUGGAGUCAAUUGGUCAGAGUUUGCCGAGGAGCGAAAAGGCGGGAAUCAGUUGCCUGCGAUUGGUAGCAGUGGUCUCAAUCACAGCAUCAGGAAAAGAGCUCCACUAUCAACCGCCGACUUCGGCACCAGUGAUAGAUACACAAUACUUCCCGAGAUAGACGGGAUCGACAUCGACAAGGAGUUACGCGAGUCUCUGAGCGCCCCGCUGAAAGACGUGAGUCGCCAGCGACUCCGCGCCAUCAGGAUCAGUUUCAGACGGCUGGGCAACACUGACAACCGAGUCUCAACGAAGGAUAUCCUUGUUGUGCUUGGCGAGCACAAUGUCAGGAUCUCCAACCGGACUUACCAGAUGAUCAUCCGGAAGUUUGAGACGGCGCACGGGGUGGAUUAUGAAGGGCUGUGGACGUACAUGGUGGAGGCCCAGUCCAAGACAGGUAGAGACAGCAUCCAAGCAAUCAAUCAGAACAAACAGACGACACCUCAGCCGAUUCAGCAGCUCGAUGCUGCUGAUAUAGCAUUGGUGGCGAGCAUCAGUAAAGCGCUGAAGACGAGCAGCGAGUACGAUCUGGAAGAGAUGAGAGCAGUUUGUCAGAUGAGGGACAUCUCAAGACAUGGCCAACUACCAAGAAAAAUGUUCCGGCGAAUCUGCCUGGAUCAGCAUAUCCCAUUGGGUGCUACUCUAAUGAGGACGAUGCUAAAGAGAUGCGACGAUGAAAAAAACGGGUUAAUUAGCUGGCCAGAGUUCAUUAUGCUGCUUGAAAAAGGUUCAAACUUAACCCCAGAACAAAUCAAAACUCCAACGAAGAAACCUCCCUCGGUAGUCUACAAGCCACAGCUGAGCCAGAAGAAGCCCCUGAGCCCAAAGGCAUCCCUACACCUCCCCUCGAAUGACACCAAGCCUAAAGCAGGCACCAAACCAAGACCCAAGUCAACUAAUGCGCCUGGAAAAGAUUCUAAAUCAAAAGAAACUGUUGAUAACUCGACGGAGAAACUGCUAGAUGCCCAAGAUGCAUCUUCAGGAAACGUCCCUGAAGUGAAGGACAACCUGAAAGAUGCAGCAGUGAGCAAGCAAUCGGCGGGGUCAAAGGUCAAAUCCAAGGAGAGUCCAGUGAAUGCUAAGAUGGCGCAGAAAGUCAAGAAGGAUGAAGAUACAUUAUCAAUCAAAAGCCUGCCUGCACAGCGGAAGGGUAAAGUCAUAACAUGGAACACCCCUAUCACUGUUCCAUCGGACCUACCAACGGCCAGUACAGAACAAGGUCAAAGUUCAAAUGGACCUGAAGAGGAGGCGUCCAAAACACCCGUCCCAACGGAAUCGGUUGACGUUGUUGAAACGUCUAACAAAUUGGAAAAUGAUGAUACAAAGACGAUACGAUCAGAAGCCUCUCUUGAUCUGGACGAGAGACCCGACGUUGAAUAUCUGGAACAGGGUGUUGGUAGUGAUCCAAUGGACGCUACAGAGCAGGAGUACCUACAGAAAGCCCAGCAGAGGAUUAAUAAUAACAGUGGAUCGGAAAUCACCCUGAACGAUCCCAGCUCGGAAAACUCAAGUGCAAUAUCAGAUCCAAAGGAUGAGGUUUUAAACGCCGGUGAUUCUUCCAAAUCGUCAAAAGACGACGAUGCGGUGAGUGUGGCGCCGUCGGAGAUGAUGAACAAUACUGACAUUUUGAAUGCAGCUGAACCGAAUCUUGAAGAUGUAGGAGGAUCGGAGACGAGCUCUGUCUUGGACAGAGACGACACGGAGAGUCAGAAGUCUCUUCAACUUCAGCAGCCCAUCAAGCCAAAGGGUAAACCGUCUACCCCGAAUGAGAAGAAGAUGAGAGCUGUCUAUGGGAAGAAUCCCAGACGGCUGGCACCGUCUCCUCUGGCAAAGAAGGAGAAGAAGUUAACACCUACUGGUCGAACUGCAGCUGCUAAAAAAGUGCCAUCAGCGAGGAAGCCCAAAGAGGUCAAGACAAACAAGAUGAAAUCUACCACAUCUGUUAGAGGGGAGGCAAAAACUAAGAAAGAGAACCCUGUGGAACCAGUAGUAGCCUCCCCUCCAGCUACUGUUGAGCGCAGUGAUUCCAACCUACAAGAGCUUGAUGUGGAGACUAAGUCAAUUGUCAGCCAGAGCUCUAAUGAUUCCAGAGAUCAAAUCUUGCCAAAAGUUCAGUCCAGCCCAAGUCCAAGCCUCAACGGUGACCUGUUCAAUGAUGAUGGGGAAGACUCUGUGUCACAGCACUUACUAGAAGUGGAGAAAGCCAAUAAUCCGGUCCUUGAGGAAAUUGUCCUAGCCUCAGCUGAAGAUCCAGAAGAGAUUCCCGAGUCGCCUCCCCCACCCCCAAAGGAAGAAGAUCCGCCCCCGAGGGAAGAAGAUGGAGAAACAGCUUCCUUCGUCAUCCGAGGACAAGAAGUGUCUUACUACAAACCUGACGCUUACGUCGGGAAAGAGACAUCGACUGAGGGGCCAAGUCAGACACUGGAGCUCGACUGGAUCUAUGGUUACCGUGGCAAUGACUGUCGCUGCAACUUGUGGGCGAUCGAGGACGGUGUUCUGGUUUAUUUCAUUGGAAAGGUAGCCAUUCUGUACAACAGUGAGGAUCAUACACAGCGGCAUUACACACAGCACACGGCAGAGAUCAAAAGUCUUGCUGUUCACAGCAGUAAUGUUAUCAUGGCAACAGGACAAACAGCUGGACUGCCAGAGACUGGACAUGCUGCUUGUAUUCAUGUGUGGAGUGCCGAGACUCUGGAGACAUUGUACACAGCGGGAGAAGGCUACUUUGAGAAAGCCGUCUUAUGUUUAAAUUUCUGCAAGCAAGAGGAUUAUCUAGUAGCAGUAGAUGACAGUGAUGAGCACACAAUGUCUAUCUGGCACAGCUCAUCGGGAGAGAGACUAGCGGACAGUGUGCUUUUAACUGAGGUGGUGUGUCAGGUGGCAUUCCAUCCCACCAACCCGAACCAGCUUGUGAGCGUCGGAAAAGAGCAUCUUUGUUUCUGGCAGCUACAGAAGGAUCCCUACACCAUCGAAGAAACAAUGAUCGCUAAUUAUGAGACAAAGAUGAAAGCCAAGUACGUCAUUUGUUUGACCUUUCACCCCAACGGCGCCCUCUUGACCGGCGAUUCUAACGGUACGAUAUACCUCUGGCAUAAAGACGGAAAUACCAUUGCCCAUACCAUUACCCAUGCACACAAUGGUCCAGUCUUUUGGUUGAUGUACACCAAGAAUACUUUGAUAUCUGGAGGUCGAGACGGGAUUGUCCAGACAUACUCACUGACUUCCAAGGGAACAGACUUCACUGGAAAAAUUCAGCUACCUCAUGUGGAAGGGGGUGUACGUACUAUCCAGAUAUACAAGGACAAUAUGUACAUCGGCACCACAUUGAACUGUAUUCUAAGUGCUAACGUAACAUUAACAAGUGCCGGACCCCUGGUUACUGGCGCUACGAUCAACAAUGCACCCAUUACACAGGGCCACUAUGAUGAAGUACAUUGCAUAGCAACGCAUCCGAUCAAAAACAACCAUUUCUUCACUGCCGCCUACGACGGAAUUGUUUGUCUCUACGAUGCCAGUCUACACAAAGCGUUGUGGAAGUAUGUGGUGAAAGGUAUCAAUGCAACAUGCAUGGGCGUUGGUCAGAACGGAGAAAUUAUCGUUCUAGGAGCUAAAGACGGAAAUCAGGGGAACAGUCUGGUUGUCCUCACAAUCGGUGAAGAGGAAGUUCAAGAAACAAAUCGCAUUAAACUUGGUCGGCAACAGAUCAAUUUCAUCAAGUUUGCUCCUGGAGGUGAAAUCUUUGCAGCAGCUUGCCACGACGCCAUCUUAAUCUUAAAAGUGGUUGAGUCUGGGAAGACGUUGGAACGGCUCGGAACAUUUGAAGGUCAUUCCACAGCUGUAACAGCAUUUGAUUGGUCAACCGAUGACGGGAGUGGAAAGAUGUAUUUGCAGAGCAGUUCUGUCAGCCAUGAAUAUUUGUGCUGGGAUGUCGAGAGCUGUAAAAUGUGGGAGUAUUCUUCGGAUUACAGGAAUACCAGCUGGAUCUCACAACAUUGUCUCUCGGGAUACACAAGAGCUGGUGUUUGGGGAACCAGCGAAGAAAGUGCUUUUGUAAAUAGCAUUGACAGGAAUGAGGACCAGUGCCUUUUGGUUUCGGGUACCGAUGAUGGUGUUAUGUCGUUGUUCAAAUACCCUUGCUCCAACCAAGAGAGUGGUAGAAGAAGCAUCCAGGCUCACUGCAAGGACGCCCCCAUUGUCCGAUUCCUGCCAGGUGGAAGGAUGGUACUGUCUGCUGGUGGAUCUGAUUGUUCAACAGUCCAAUGGAUAAUGAAAGGAUAAAAGAUUAAGCACAUUUGCAUUGAUGAUUCUUGAUGGAUUGAUUUACAGUAAAGACAGUGGACACUCUUGGUAAUUGUCAAAGACCAGUCUUCUUGGUGUUUCUCAACAUAA